AUGGGGGUGCAAGAGAAUAGAGGGGGGAGGACUAGGGGGCUAAUUAAAGGAUAUCAGAGCCCCCUGCCACCCCCUACCCCUCGCCCCUAUCUGUCAGUUCACAAUUCACCGCUAUCUGUGUCCCCUCUUCCUACCCCCUUCUCCCUUCCCUCUCCUAUCCAUUAUCUCUGUCUUAAAUAUUUCACUUCUCGGCUACGUUCAAUCAGUAAUAUCGAUGACGGGGAGUACCACUGCAACAAGACUCAGGUACGGAAGGUCAUCUCGGGAGUCAUCGGCGCGGCGUCAAGCGUCACGUCCAUUCAAGUCGCUAACCUCCUCAGGCUCUUCAAAAUACCUCAGGUCAACGGGACUCUUCCGGCAAAGUUCCAAAUCUUUAUACCGCUCGACGAGGCGGAAAGAUAUCCACACUACUGCUCUAAGAUAACUACUCCACCCUGGAGAAGAGUUUGGAAGGUCACGGGAAGCGAUGCAGAACAGGGAAAUGAGGGAGGAUAA